UGCUCCAUAUAUAACUCUCUGCAUUACCACAUUAUUAGUAGUUGCAUACAUACCUGAAUAAAAACAAUGGAGCCGUGGAAAGACCUGAGAGGAAAAGUAGUGAUGGUGACAGGGGCGUCCUCAGGAAUUGGGCGAGAGUUCUGUCUCGACUUGGCGAAAGCCGGUUGCAGCAUCGUUGCUGCAGCUCGUCGUAUCGACAGACUGAAAACUCUCUGCAACCUCAUUAAUUCAGAGGGGCCUCGCCGUGCAAUCCCCGUCCAGCUCGACAUCACAGCCGACGGUGCUACCAUUGAGGGCACUGUACAAAUAGCUUGGAACGCCUUCGGACAUAUCGAUGCCUUGGUUAACAAUGCCGGCCUUAGAGGUAGUGUGAGCUCUUCACUGAAAUUGUCAGAGGAGGAAUGGGAACAUACCUUUAAGACGAAUCUCAAAGGGGCAUGGUUGGUGUCGAAAUAUGUUUGUAGACGCAUGCGCGGUGCUAAGCAGGGCGGAGGAUCUGUUAUUAAUAUCUCCUCAAUUCUUGGCCUUAAUCGAGGAUUAUUACCAGGAAGUCUUGCUUACGCUUCUUCGAAGAUGGCUCUUGACAUGGUCACGAAGAUGAUGGCCAUUGAAUUGGGAGUAGACAAUAUCAGAGUGAACUCAAUAUCACCGGGAGUUUUCAAAUCUGAGAUAACAGAGAGCCUUGUGGAAAAAGAAUGGUUCCAUACUGUUGUUUUGAAAGUCGUUCCUCUGAGAAAUCUUGGAACGACAGAUCCGGCUUUAACAUCAGUCGUCAGGUACUUAAUCCAUGAUUCUUCAGAAUAUGUAUCCGGCAAUGUUUUCAUUGUUGACGCCGGAACUACCUUAGCAGGUGCCCCCAUUUUCUCGUCACUCUAGAACUAGCUCACGAACACAUGAAGAGGAUGACUCUGAUCGAUUUGUUUAUCGAGAAAUAUACAAUGUGAUCAAGAAAUGGUUAUGUACGUUGGAGGAAAAAAUG